CCCGUCGCCACAUUGCAGAGUUUCCCGCACGACAUCCCUCUGCACUGCCGUCGACAGUCUCGUGCUACCUUGACAUCUCUCGUAGUCGAAACCUCCCUCCCAGCACGACCAAAUGUGGCUCUCAGAUGGACAGAAAAUCGGCGUUGCGCUCACCUCCUUCGGCGUGCUGUUCAUGUUCCUAGGCGUGCUCCUAUUCUUCGACGGCGCACUUCUGGCACUAGGAAACGUCUUGUUCCUCGCAGGGGUGACCCUCAUUAUCGGACCUCACAAAACCGUCACCUUUUUCGCGCGGAAGCAGAAACUCCGCGGCACAAUGUGCUUCUUGGGAGGCAUAUUGCUCGUCUUCAUCAAAUGGCCGUUUAUCGGCGUGAUUGUGGAGACAUUGGGAUUUCUGAAUUUGUUUGGAGACUUUUUUCCUGUUGUGUUGACAUUUCUCCGACAACUGCCUGUGAUAGGGCAUGUCCUAUCACUUCCAUAUAUCCGCAAUGUGGCAGAUCGGAUAGCAGGUUCGCGAACAUCGAUUGUAUAACAUCAUAUUCUACAUUCUCCGAUCUCGGCGCGUCUAUGCAGUCAUUAUUUCUGAUCGGCAUUGUUCUGGCGUCUCAUCCAGUCCGAAACACAGCAACUCGGCUGUACUUCC